CAUUUUCGUCGGUGGCAUUCAUUUGGUGGCAUGGCGUCCUUCUUCCGUCGUCCGUUGUUUCAAGCGCGACCACUCGGCGUGGGCGUGGCUGCGUUGACUGGUGGGAGUGCAUGGAGCAUGACAUCUUCCUGCGAGAACAAGACGGUAUCGGACGAAACACCUAAGCAGGCGACGCCGAAGCGCAUGGAAUUCGUCGGCGUGUUCUUGGACGCCAAGUCGCAGGACGCCAUCAAGGCCCGCUUCCAAGCGUUGCAUGGCGAUGUCUCUGCGCAAUCCAGCGUCGUGCUGAAGUACAAUCCAUCCAAGGAAGAACUAGAUGCGUUCGCUCCCAUUCUCGGCAAAAACGUGACGGUCAAAAUCCAAGCCGUAGCUCAGGACGAACAUGCACAAGCGGCUAUCGCGUCCGUGUCCACCGAGCACGGCGACGUGCAUUACGCGGUUGAAUGCCCGCAUGUCACCGUGUCCGUCAGUGGCGAAGACGGAUACACCCGCGGGUACUCGAACGUACUUUUGGAGCGGUUGCAAGCUGCAGGCUACUUGACCAUCGACGACUCGCCUGAAGGAUUGAACGUCGGUCUGUCCUCAUUUGAUGGCACGCUGCCUUCGUUUGCGUCGAAACUGUUUCCGUUCUACAACCCAUUUCCACCGACGCAAGCGUCGCUGACGAUCUUGGCCGACGGACCGUUGACUCUAUCCGGAGUGCUGUGCACGUCGUCCUCGUAUGACGAAGCGUCCCAUUCUUGCGGCCCUGCCAAGAAGGCCGAGUGCGGCUUCUGCCUCUUCAUGAAAGCCGGGCCGUGCGGCGACCAGUUUACCUCGUGGGAAGCGUGCCUAGACGAGUCCAAGAAGGAAGGCGCGGACUUCCUCUCCAAGUGCGGCCCCCAGACGCUUGCGCUGCGCGACUGUGUGGACGCCCAUCCAGAGUACUACAGCGUCCUCAACGGUGACGACAGCGACGAUGAAGAUACCAAAGCCGAGUAAGAAUACACGCACAUUUUGCUCGCUCGCUGUGGUGUUGCUUGGUUACAACGCUAGGUGAUAUUACAAUAGUAUGUAUAUACAUACACA